AGCUUACUACAAGUUCAGAGAAGAAGGUCUACGUCAGGGAGUCUCAGAAAUCCUGGAAAUGAGAGAAUUUGGAGUGUCACGAUGGCCGAUUUUCAAACUGUGUUAAACGACUUGGUUCUUCUAGUUCGACAAAACACUACGUAUUCAACAGUAUUCGGUGUACUUUUGACGUUUAGCAUUAUUUUCUUCAGAUACCUACCAGUAUUUCUGAUCAUCUGGUCAUGUCUAGCCGGGAUGGCCACUUUCCAUGUCCUCUUUCAGAGAGUGACCUCGUUGCCCAAUCUCUUUGGAAUGUUUGAGAGAGAGAAGUUGCCCGGUGUCCGAAAGUCCACCCUGAGAGAGGCGUACCAUGGACGAUGUCCAGUCUGUGGCAACGAUAACUGUAACAGACACAGAGGGGAGCUGUACCAUACCAAUUACCAACCAUGGAUAGAUCUGAGCAUUCCAAAGAGAGUAGACAAUGCCUUGUCAGAGUUCUUUGAGUUGGUUUUCAAAGAUUAUGUAUACUCUUGGUACAGUGAGUCCGUCAGCAAAGAUGAGGAGUUUGUGAGGGAGCUUAGGACAUCUCUUAGAUACGCCAUAUCGGUAAUACUCCGAAGACUAAAACAGAUUGACCUCCCUACACUUAUCCUCCACAAACUGGUCAAAGCGGAAUUAAGCCAUCUUGAUGUUUACCUUAGAGCAAAGAAAAAAGCCCGAUGGGGAGAAGACAUUCAGGAUUUGACGAUUAAGAUGUAUGGUGAUCAUCUUCAUGUUGCCAUUAGGAACAGGCAUACUGAGCUGGAGUACGUGAGGAACCUUUGUGAACUUCUCUUUCCAUUCAUCGUCUCGAAUGAGCACCAACAGAGCAAAUGUACAAUAUCGUUCCUGAGGGAGCUACUAUCCAGGUCUCUCAUCAUGCCUGCUAUGGACGUUAUUGCAAACCCAGAUGUUGUCAACAAGAUGCUUGAAGUCUUUUUCGAUGAAGAACCCAUGGCAAAAUCUACAGACCCACCGACAGAACCUGUUAACAUCUUGAAAGCGUUUUGCGAGGCCAAACCAUGCCAUAUUUCUAAUGCCCUUCAUUAUGAAACAUCAGAGAUUCUCAGCAACAGUACUCUGCUCUUCCCGUUCCUUCAGUUCAUGCGGAGAGAGGGCGCUCUAAACCUUCUCCAGUUCUGCCUGACAGUCGAGGAUUUUAACAGACGAAGCCUGGUCCCCGACAUGACAGACCAACAGAAGCGAGACCUUCAUCUGGAAGCGAAGGAGCUCUACAAUCUCUACUUUGCUUCCGACGCUGUGGAUAGGAUCAAUUUUCAGGAGGAUGUCAACUCAGCAUUCCAAGACAUUGUUACAGGACCUCCUGAAGGAAUUAUUAAGAUGAGGAAGACAUUGACCCUCUUUGAAGCUUAUGAAUAUGUGUUCAGUCUGCUAGAGAGUACAUACUGCCCCCUGUUUCAUCAUUCAGAAGAGUAUUACACCUUGUUAUGUGGAAAGAGAAGACUUGCAUUGGCAAGGGGAUCAAGCAAAGUGGCAAGCAAGAGGCCGAGUGAUACAUUUGCUGCCAUGAGCAAGCUGGGAAGUAAAAUCAAAGGUGUCUUCAAAGGACAGUCAGAUGGAGACAGCCUGUUCAAUCUUGAUCUCUAUGAAGAAUCGAGUCAACCAUCGUCUGAUGUAGAUCUAGCCUCUGACGACGAGGACACACACCAUACUGGCGUAUCAUCACCCCAGCAUGACCUGAGCGCUUGGAGGGUUAGUAUACCGAGCGUCGAGAUGAAGUUAGAAGGAGGAAAGGAAGGAUUUGUUUUCAUCAUCGGCAUUCAGAGGAUUGAUGUCAGAGAAGGAGAUGGAGAAAAGAACUCGUGGCAGGUUGAAAGGAGAUACCAUGAGUUCUAUGCACUGGAACAGAAGUUGAGAGAAUUUCAUGGUGUGUUUGAAGAUGCUCAGCUGCCUGUUAGACGGCCGUUUGGAAGCAAGUCACAUGACUUCAUGGAGAAAAAGAGGCCUGGCUUAGAGAAAUAUCUCAGGGUUCUUCUCACCAAGCCCAUCCUAAGGGGAAGCCAGCUCCUCUAUACAUUCCUGACAACCAAUGAAGAGUUUGUUAAUAAGAUCUUUGGAGAUGUCAAUCUAGGAAAAUUUGUGCGUUCAGUCUCAACCAAGGUCAUCAAGGAGAGAGGACAGCAUCUUGAGCCUUUCCUGGUAACUUUCUUAGCCUCAGUGGAAGCUGCCAAACCUAAAGCAAGGACGGAUGAAUUUGAAACAGAUCCAAACCUAACGGAUAAAGAAAUGCUUUCCAAUGUCCAUUUUGAGAACAAUGCUAAUCAGGUGUUAGACCGGUGUAAUCUUAAGGAACCUUGGGCCAAUCCAGAGGCCAACUACCUACAACUCACUGGAAUCAUUCAAUAUAUCUUAUACUUGGCUCGUUCUGUUCUAGAUGUGCCUGUCUGGAUGCAUCAGAUGACCGUCACUUUUGCCAAGAUAUUUGGAAACUCAUUGGAAACUUAUGUAGAUUAUUUCGUCAACACCAAGACAGAUUUGUUGAAGACGGAGCAGAUGGUGGAACAUAUCAUUCAUCUCCUCAGAGAUGUACUUUUCUUUGAUGACGAUCCACCCAGGACGGAUGCACAGAAGCUUGAAAGGAAAGAGUUUGCUUUUGAACAGAUGCUGAAAUUCUUCCCAAGUAUUGUACCCAAGGUGCUUGGAGAAGAAAAGUUCUAUGAUGGAUGUAAGACCGUCUUUGAUUCUCUCCAGUAUCCCAAGCUAAAUAAACAGCUAUCGUAUAUUCUCUUGGACAUUGUCAUCAAAGAAAUCUUCCCGGAAUUAUCAGAUGAUGAUGACACAGAUGAGGAAGCACCACAGUACCAGGAGGAUCACUAUGAGAAAGACUAAAUUAAAUUAUACCAUAGGAGGGUGUUGCAAGGAAAUAUUUGCAAUCGAUUGCAGAUAUUCUGUUGCAAUUUUACAACUGAUAAAGCAAUGUUAACAGUAGCAAAUGAGAUUACACUCCAUGUUUCAAGGAGCAGAUUAGCAAUCAAUCAUGAAUUUGCAGUUAAUUGCAAGACUUAUGAUUGAUUUUAUUAGAGACCAAAAAUAGACUUGCAAUUGAUUGCAAGUUUCUUGCAACACCCCAUUAGUCUGACAAAUUUCAUCCCUGUAUUUUAAAGGGGAAGUUCACCCUGACAAAAGAAUUUAUUGUAAAAAUUGAAAAAAAAACGUACUGGUGAAAGUCUUAGGAAAGUCUAUCAAAGAAUAAAUAGUUAUAAUUUAUAUUUUUAGAUUUGUAAUGUCGUAUGCAAGCAGGUUUCAUACUUAUUGUAUGGUAAAAACAUCAAUGAGACAUUAUUUUGUUGUAUCUUCUCUAAAUCAAUAUUCAAAUCAUUUCCACCCCCGCUCAUGAAAUGAUUUUAAAAAAUGAGUCAUCGUAAAGCAUUAGAGAUUUAAAAUUUAUGAUUUUAUAUUACAUAGCAUGGUUGCAAAUGACAUCACAAAUCAAAAACUUUAAAUUCUAAUAACUUUUUUAAUCUUUGGAACUUCCUCAACUCUUCACCCAUAUUUUGUAUUAUUUUUUCUGCCUUUUUGUAGCAAACUUUUUUUGUCAGCGUGAACUUCCCCUUUUAGUGACCAAAUGUGUUGAAUAUGUGUGUAGAGAUCGAUCAACCCAUUUCGCACUGGUACUCGGUGCUUUGUGUU